AUGGAGUUUGGAGAGAUUUUAAGGAUCAUUGGAGAAUUUGGAAUUUUCCAGAAGCUUAUACUAUUUGCACUACCCUUUCCAAACUUCUUACUGCCUUUGUGUUUUUCUAGUUUUCUUUUCAUCCAGUCCGAUCCAGAUCGACGUUGUAACACCGAUUGGAUUCUCAAGGCUGCUCCCAACUUGACGUUGGAUGAGCAGCUGAACCUAACCAUUCCGCUGGAGCGGAAUGCUUCUUUCAGCAAGUGUCACAUGUUUGUUCCAGUGGACUGGGACAUUGAAACCAUCAGGGAGCGUGGACUCAAUAAGACCACAGUGUGCCAGAAUAGUUGGGUGUACUCCAAGACAAUGUAUCAAGCCACGAUAGUCACUGACUUUGAUCUCGUCUGCGACAAGUCCAACAUGCCUGCUGUUGUGCAGACAAUCUUCAUGGCCGGUAUACUCUUUGGCUCUAUUAUCUUUGGGCCUGUUCUCGAACCACUUGGUCGUCUGAGGACCACACAGUUGCCGGCAGUGGUCCUGUCAAUAUGCAAUCUCGUUUCUGCCGCAUCUCCAAAUUUCUACGUCUACAUCGUGGCACAGUUCCUGGUUGGAGUUGGUCUUGCAGGAUAUAGAAUUAACUCUACUGUAUUAGCAACAGAGUGGUUGGGGACCACCAAAAGAUCCUAUGCCUCCUGUUUGAGCCAAAUGUUUACUGCUCUGGGACAAUGUUUCCUGGCCGGACUGGUCUACGAAAUUCGUAACUGGAGAAUAAUACAAUAUGGGUUGGCAGCAGUCUAUUCCCUUGUUGUCAUCUAUAUUUGGUGGAUUCCGGAAUCUGCGAGAUGGUUGUUGAGCCAAGGAAGAAUCGAGGACGCGAAGACGUUGAUCAGGAAGGUUGCAGCAAUAAAUCAACGGGAAAUCCCUGAGAAUAUGCUGGACUGCAUGGGGCAUGAGAAAGGCGAAACCCAAACCGGAGCAAUCAAUACAAUUUUUACCACACCAAUCUUACUGAAAUAUUUGUGCAUUGUGUCGUUUACAUGGUUUUCGGUCAAUCUCGGCUACUUCUGUCUUAUUCUCAAUGUGGGUAAAUUUGGAUUGGACAUCUUUCUGGUGCAAUUCAUCUUUGGCUUCUCGGAAGUGCCCGUACACCUCCUGUGCAUUUGGGUUUUGGAAUUGUUGGGCAGGAAAAUAUCCCUCAUUUUAACACUUCUGACUGGUGGCUUUGUUUGCCUCUUGACGUUGGCUUUCUCACAAGACGACCCUGUGGUUAUUACGGCUCUUGUAACUGCAGGCAAGUUCUUUUUAAAUGGGGCUACAUCGAUAUGUAUGGUCUACUCUCAAGAGCUGUUUCCCACUUCAGCCAGGCAAACGGCUGUUAGCUUUGGGGCCAUAGCGAUGAGAGGAGCCGGACUGCUGGCUCCGCUGGUCAACAUGUUGGCCGUAUACCACGUGUCCCUACCCAUCAUCAUUUUCAGCAGCCUGACUGUGUUCACUGCAGCUCUUGGUUUCCUUCUCCCUGAAACCAGAAGAAAAGAACUGCCUGAAUCCGCCAGUGAGGUCGCGGAUAAUAGAAAUGUUUCAAAGAAAACAGGAACCGAGUUAAGGCAGAUUGAGCACAAAAGAAGAAAAUCGACGAAACUUUAGUCUCCAUAUUGCAUGCUGUGUUGU